ACUGAUUAACUUACCCCUCCAAAACUAUCAACAUUUCUUUAUCGCUCACUGCUCUCAACUUUCAAAACGACAUCAUGGGAGCCAAGAUACCUAGAAAUUUUCGUCUCCUUGAGGAGUUAGAGAAAGGUGAAAAGGGUCUCGGAGCGGAUGCUUGCUCCUAUGGACUUGCCAACGGCGACGACCUCCUGAUGUCGGACUGGAAUGGGACAAUCCUUGGGCCCCCUCAUAGCGUUCACGAGAACCGAAUCUACAGUUUGAGCUUGCACUGCGGUGAAAACUAUCCUGACGUGCCUCCGGAUGUUACUUUUGUCUCAAAGAUUAAUUUGCCCUGUGUUGAUCCCAGAAAUGGCAAGGUUGAUCCCACUAAGCUGCAGUGCCUGUCGCAAUGGAAGCGUGACUACACCAUGGAGACCAUUCUCAGCGAGCUAAGAAGAUCAAUGGCGUCUCCCGCCAAUAAGAAGUUGCCUCAGCCUCCCGAGGGCAGCACAUGGUAAAUGAACUGCGGGAAUAAUUUAGAAGUCUUGCUUUUCAUGUUCAUGCUUCGAGAUCACGAAUACAUUAGAGAAGCGAAGCUGGAUGACGGAAAUGAUGAGCUAAAGAAGCGCCUGCGGAGUACUUUCAGUUUCCAGCCCAUUGUUGGCCUUGCAUUGGCGGAGUACAUUGCAUGCUUGCGAGUAUUAUAUAUGACGAGCGAGUCCUUUCCAGCGACAUAGUGUUUACAGCAGAUAAAUGAUGACUUGAUGGCAAUCAAAUGUUGCAAUUACUCAUGACGU